UUUUGACAUUAUAAAUUGUUUUGUGUUUAAUCUACAGAUUGUAAUAUUUUGCCGGUUUUAUACAAAUUUAACAUAUUAAUACACAUAUUUUGUUAAAAUUAUAAUAAUCAAUAUGUCAGAGGAGAACGAAAAUAAAUCAACUAACGAAGAAAUGGAUACUGAAAACGAUUCUGUAACAGUAACAUUAAAUGAUGUGUUGGAAUUUGAAAACGAGCUGAUAGAAAACACCGCUGCUGUUCUUGGGGCAGCAAAUGAUAAAACAUGCUCCUAUGUUGAGGGUUACAUCAAGAGACAAGCUUUAUACUCGUGUCUCACAUGUAUUCCUGAAGCUAAAGAAGAUCCAGAAAGAGGAGCUGGAGUAUGCUUGGCUUGCAGUUAUCACUGUCAUGAUGGGCAUGAACUAGUUGAACUUUAUACUAAGAGAAAUUUCCGAUGUGAUUGUGGUAAUAGUAAAUUUAAUAAUGUUGUAUGUAACUUAUUUACUGAUAAGAGCCUGGUAAAUGAUCUGAAUGCUUACAAUCAAAAUUUCUCUGGGUUGUAUUGCGUUUGUCACCGCCCUUUCCCUGAUAUGGAAGAUCCAGUACCUGAUGAGAUGAUACAAUGUAUUAUUUGUGAAGAUUGGUAUCAUACCAGACAUUUAGGUACCGAAGUACCUUCGAAUAAUUUCGCAGGUAAGGCUUCAAUAAAAUAUAAAGAAAUGAUUUGUGAAGCUUGUGUAACUAAACAUGAAUUCUUACUCAAUUAUGACAGCUACAGUAUGGUUAAGCCUACUCGUGUUAGCGAAGAAACUAAUGUAGAUGUAACAUCUGAUACAGCACAACCAAGUGAUGAAAUAAAGACAGAUGAAGAACAAACAGAAAAUGAAAAUGCUGGUUAUUGCAAAAAACCAAAACAGAAGUCACUAAAAGUCUGUGCUAAAUUUUGGCCAAAUGUAAAUUGGCGUAAAGAACUUUGUACAUGCGAUGACUGUUUAAAAAUGUACGAAAACGAGGACGUCGCUUUUCUACUAGAUUCCGAAGAUCCAGUACAUUUAUAUGAAGAAAAAGGUAAAGCUAAAGCUCAAGAAGUAGUUGAUGAUCAUGUUAAGCAACAAAUGAAUUCAAUGAACCGCGUUCAACUUAUAGACUGCAUAGCCGGAUAUAACGACCUAAAAGAGAGACUGGGAGAGUACCUAAAAAAAUUUGCGGAAAACAAGAAAAUAGUUAGAGAAGAAGAUAUUCGAGAAUUUUUUGAUGAGAUGAACGCUCGUAAAAAACAAAGAGUUGACCAAGUUGAAGUUUCCCAUUUUUGCCGUUAAUUUGUUUUACUUAAUAUGUAUUAUGCAAAAGUUCCAGUGUAUUAAUUAAAUGUAGCAGUAGCUUACAUAGUAGUCAAAAAUAUAAUCACUAUUAUGUACAUUAAUUACACUGCCCCACCAAAAAAAAUGUUUUUAAAUGUUACCUUCACUCCAUAAGCCAAACAUUCCCACUAGAGAUAGUAAAUACUUUUUUAGGGGUUAUUAGGAUUGAAGAGAAUUAUGUAUUGACUUCGUGACUUCCAGGACGUCUCUGCAUACAAACCAGCAGUAACCUACAAGCAUGGCUUCGUUUUAAUGACAUUGGUACCUUUUUCAAUUACUGAAAUGUUAUGAUGGAAUCUUUCUCCAUGUUCAUCACACAUAGCUCCACAACUAGGGAAAAAAGUUAAGGUGGAAAUGGAUAAAGUGGAUUUUAAGAGCCAUAUUACAUCCAAAUCGUUUGAAUUAAACAAUAAUACUUUCAUUAAACUAGGAUAGUUGUUGUCAUCUCUUUUGUAGCUUAAAAAUCCACGAAUAACUCUUUUCAGAUUUCUUUGCCUUUCCAACCUUUGUCAAAUGCUUGAUACUUCAUAAGUUGACAAAUUUGUGGCUCUACAAAAAUACCUUUUUUAAAUUAAGCCUAAAUUUGCCUCUGAGGUAUUUAACACGUUGCCUGCCGUCUCGGUAUAUGUGGCCGAGAAAAAAUUGCUCUGCACGCCAGCUAGGUCUAAUUGACCGAGAAUUUUAAUGUAACUGUGAUACCGUCUCGGUGACUAUGGCGUGAACGGAAAGUAUUACAAAAUCCUCUACGGCAGGCAACGUGUUAAAAACCCGCCCUUCUUAAUUUAUUCCUUUGACAACAUUUUUCAUUAAUAUCAGCUUAACAUGUAAUGAUGGGAGUAAAAUAACUUGGAUCAAUGGGACACUCAGCAACAAGUCUUUUCAUUAAGGUUACAGUUCCUUGAAGGCCAGUCUACUUUUAUAUAAUUUCGUAGCUCUGCUGUCUCACAUGCAUCAGUGUUUUGUGUAGCCUAACCGUAUUUCUAAAAGAGCAGCAGUGACUUUCAGAUCACCACAGAUUUUCCAUUUGUGUUCGUCAUAUUUGAGUUAAGGAAUGCUUUCAAAUCAUAUAUCCCCCUCACGUGGGUUGCAUAAUCAAUACACAAAGAAGAUAUGUGGUUGCUAUAAGUUUAAAGGACACUAUGAAUAUCCUCCAUUCCGUUGGAUCAUGGUCCAACAUUUAUUAAAUAAUUGACUUCUUUUCAAACAAUAAGAUUAUUUUUUCUCAAAAAAGAGAGCAGAUCCCGCUGUAUGCCUUCUCCUGUGACAAGUCAAGGUCUCGAAUGAGUUCGCCAAGUUCUGCUUACUAUUAUGCUAACUUAAUCUGUGUAGUUUAUCAUAUGUCUCUCAAAAUCAGUCAUAAGAGGGGGAGGAUUUGGUUGGUUAUUUUUUUCCGUUUAGAUAUUGAACUGGCAACUCUGUUUUAAUGGUUAAAGUCAAGCAGAAGUAGCCCAGUCAGUAUGAUUUUUAGGUUCUCGCCAAAUUAUUGGAAUAGCAAAAAUCAUAGAUCGAAUUUUUAUUUUUAAGCCAGUCUGAGCUAAAUAAAGUCUAAUAUAACAGCAAUCUUUUCAACAAGUCUUCUGGUCCCUAGUUAAUGAUAAUUGUAAUAAGCAGUUAUAUUACAACGAUAUUUGCAUCAUGUAUCUGUGAAAAUCUUAUUUUACCACAUAUAUGACAAAUUAUUCACUGAAUUUAUACUUCCGCGGCAAGUACUCAAACAAAGCGUUCUGAAACUAGAGAUGUUGCCACUGCAGCAUAAACUAUGUACAAAACUCAACUAAACACUCUUUUACAGACACAAUAUCUUCUUGAUCACAUAAAAAGCGCUUACUAACGAGGAAGGUUUUCAGUUUUAAAAAUAAAGGGAGCCAAAUCUGGAAAAUUGGUAGAAAUUCCAGCACUCUAGUACAGAUUCCUCAAUUUAUAUAUUGCCAAAACAUUUUUGUGAACAAGUGCCAGUUUUACUAGAAGUUGAAGAGGGUUUCGCUGAUGAAACUUCUUGGUCCUUGCUACAUUGCGGUUAUUGUUUAUUUGUCCUACGAGAAACCAUAAGGAAUGGAUGGUCAUAUUGGAAAAUGCUAAUGAAACCUGGGUUUAACCUUGAAUACGGGUUAAACUACGGUUCUUUGAGAGGACUUUGUCGGAUAACUAAUUCCUGUUGCAAUGAUUCGUACGCUAGAUGGUGAAUGUGGCCGUAAUAAUAAUGUCAACGAUCUCAAUCUAGACUUUCUCAUUUUAGCAUCAUUCAGUGUUAGCACUGAAUUAUUGUCGUCCAUCUUUAAUUUACCCUUAGUUUUAUUUCAUUUAGUCACUUUCUAUUUCAUGCAUCCAGCUGUAAGCUACUGCACAAAUCUCUAUAUAGACUGAAACUUUUAUAUAUUACAUUUGUUACGUAUAUAACAAUAAACAAUGAAAUACUUUUGCUUUGUGCUUUUGAAGGUUUUUUUGGUAAAUAGUGUACUCUAGUAGUGUACUGUAGUUUAGAUUUUUUUUAAAUGAUAUUUUAUAUCACAGCAAAGUAUUUCAGUGUUGCUUAUAACUUAAUUUGUUGUCGGUAUAAAAAAUGUGAAAAUACAGUACAUGAUAUAAUAUGUAUUUUUUAGAAUUUGGCAUUGUAACGAAAUAAUUAUUACUAAGUUUUUCAUUAUUUUGAUCUUAUCUGUAUAUCUGAAAUUUGUUGUAUUUUUCCUAAUUUAAUCUUAUUUAAUAUAGUAAAAGUUAUCUGCUCUAUAUAUAAACUUAUUUGUGUAAUAACCAUUUCAAAUAUAUUUUUCAAUGUC